CAGUCACACACCUCGGCAGGAGGUGGCCCCUCCUCCCUGGCUUGAGGAAGCAGGAAAAGGUACCUGUGAGACAGCCUGCAGUUCUGCAGUGGCGGUGGCCGGCUAGGAUGGGCCGUCUCUGGGGUCUGGCUCUGCCCCUUUUCUUCUUCUGCUGGGAGGUUGCGGUCUCUGGGAGCUCUGCAGGCCCCAGCAGCCUCAGAGCAGACACUGCGAUGACAAUGGACGACACAGAAGUGCUCGCUAUGACUCCAGCACCAGGCCACGCCGCUCUGGAAACUCCUGCUCUGAGUGCUGAGAGCUCCUGUAGGUCCUCAACCCCAGCCGGCCCCACUCCAGAGGCAGAGACCCAGGGAACCGAGAGCAUCUCCCCUGCAACAGAGACCAGGACGCCCACAGAAACACCUCCCGACUGCACGGUGCUGAUCGCCACCUCUGCAGAGACAUCAGCCGCCACUGGCGGCCCCGAGGGACCUGGAACGACCACAGCUGAGCCCGUCACAGGCAGCGAUCCUGAGGAAGCCAUUUCUGACACCCUUCGCACCGAUGAUAGCUCUGAAGAGGCAAAGACACCGAUGAUAGCUCUGAAGAGCCAGUCGACAUUGGCUCACACCUCCACAGAAGCUAAGGGCCUGGCCUCAGACAGCAGCGCCUCUUCCGACAGCCCCCCUCCAGCCGUCACCCCCUCAUGGUCCCUGGGAUCUGGCGUCACUCUCCUCGCUGAAGCCCUGGUGACCGUCACCCCCGUCGAGGUUAUCAAUUGCAGCAUCACGGAAAUAGAAACAACGACUUCCAGCAUCCCUGGGGCCUCAGACACAGAUCACAGCCCCACGGAAGGCGUGAAGGCCUCGCCCACCUCCAAUCCACCAGCUCUGCCUGACUCCACGGAUGCAAAACCACACAGCACCGAGGCCACAGCCUCUGCCAAGACCCUGUCCACAGCCGGUGCCACAGAGUCAACCGCACCUGAUGCCACGGUUGGGACUCCACUCCCCACCAACAGCACCACAGAAAGAGAAGUGACAGCACCCGGGGCCAUGACCCUCAGUGGAACUCUGGCCACAGUCAGCAGGAAUCCCCUGGAAGAAACCUCAGCCCUCUCUGUUGAGACACCAAGUGACGUCAGCGUCUCAGGAGCAGCUCUCGUCUCCACAGAGGCCGGGUCAGCAGUGGGCAGAACAGCUUCCUUUGCUGGGUGCUCUGCUUCCUCCUACAGCACCUCAAAAGCCACCAUCAAGAACUUCACCCCUUCAGAGACACCGACCACGGACAUCACAACCAAAGGGCCCUUCCCCACCAGCAGGGACCCUCUUCCUUCUGUCCCUCCGACUACAGCCAACAGCAGCCGAGGGACGAACAGCACCUUAGCCAAGACCACAACCUCAGCGAAGACCCCGAUGAAGCCCCCAACAGCCACGCCCACCACUGCUCAGACGAGGCCGACCACAGACGUGAGUGCAGGUGAAAAUGUAGGUUUCCUCCUCCUGCGGCUGAGUGUGGCCUCCGCGGAAGACCUCACUGACCCCAGAGUGGCAGAGAGGCUGAUGCAGCAGGUGCUCUAGGACAAGCAGCCGGUAGUAUUCACCUCUGUCAUCACAGAAGCUAGCAUGGAGCCCUCCACCUGAGGGCACUGAUGUGUUUGCAGAGUGACUGGGACAAUGGUGGGCCACAUAAGCAGAUGGCCCUGAAACUUUCAGUGGGCUCUGAAAGUUAAGAAAAUGGCAUUCGGUAUUGAAGUCACACAAAAUGUAAAUGUAAUGAUAUAAUUGUUAUGAAGCUGCACUAUAAUUAGGCAUGAAUGGAGAGCAGUUGACAAAAAUGACAAUAACACCACUGUUAUAUAAACCCAAUUCUUAAAUAAUUGUUCUUCUCUUGCUUUGUACUUCCUCAAGUUGGUGGUACCUAAUACAGGGGCUCAUGUAAUAUUAAUUACUACAUAUGAGGACACAUGUACACACGUAUAUGUACAUGACAUAUGUACAUAUAAUGCUGAUUUUUGUUAUUUUUGGAAGUAAAAAUAGUGUAAAAUUUGACUAGUUUAAAAAAUCUGUAAAAGAUGGGAUACACAAAUCAGAGGCUGGGUGCGGUGGCUCACGCCUGU